AUGGGAAAACGAGAACGAUCAGCUUUAUUGCCAAGUAAUCUUCCACAGUUACAAAAUCUUAUCAAACGUGAUCCAAUUUCAUAUAAAGAAGAUUUUUUACAGCAAUAUAGACAUUAUGAGUCUCAAUUAACCAUUCUUCAGCUAAAACCAGACGAAGAAGCAGAAGAAUUUGGAAAUUUGGUUACUUUUAUUUCACAGGUUGCGCAAUGUUAUCCACAAGAAAUCAAUAAAUUCCCUCAACAAUUAAUAAAAUUACUUUCUGAACAUUAUCAAAAUUUAAAUCCUAAUCUACGAAAGACCAUGGUACAAAGUCUCAUAUUACUUCGCAAUAAAGAAAUAAUUCCAAGUAUCACGUUAUUAUCCUUAUUCUACACACUCUUCCGAGUUCAUGAUAAACAACUUCGUGAUUUAUUAUAUUCACAUAUUAUUUCAGAUAUAAAAAAUACUAAUGCCAAACACAAGAAUAAUAAAUUAAAUAAAACAUUACAAAAUUUUAUGUACACAAUUUUACAAAAUACAACAGAUAGUACAAAUGUAGUUGCUGCUAAGAAAAGUUUAGAUGCCUGUAUUGAAUUAUAUAAAAAAGGAAUAUGGAAUGAUUCAAAAACUGUUAAUAUUAUAUCUGAAGCAUGCUUUCAUUCAGCGACGAAAAUUAAAGUUACUGCAAUUCAAUUCUUUUUGGGAUCAAGAUUUGGUGAAAAAUUAUUAUCGUCGCUUCAAAAGUCGUCAAAUAAUGAUAGAUUUGAAGUCAAAUUAAUGACAAUGAAUCUUAUAUCACGUAUAAUUGGAGCACAUAAGCUUAUUUUAUUAAGUUUUUACACAUAUUUACUAAAAUAUCUUAAACCACAUCAGCGUGAUGUAACAAUGAUUCUUGUUGUAGUUGCACAGUCUUGUCAUGAACUAGUACCACCUGAUGCAUUGGAACCUGUUAUUAAAGCUAUUGCAAAUAAUUUUGUUACUGAUCAUUGUGCUGGUGAAGUUAUGGCUGCUGGUUUGAACGCUAUACGCGAAAUUUGUGUGCGUCAACCUUUAGCAAUAGAUUCUACUUUAUUGCAAGACCUAACAGAGUACAAAUCAGAUAGGGAUAAAGGAGUCAUGAUGGCAGCUAAAUCAUUAAUUGGAUUAUUCCGAGAAAUUAAUCCAGAAAUGUUGAAAAGAAAAGAUAGGGGUAAAAUUGCUAGUAUGAAUAUGAAAGAUUUCAAACCAUUACAGUAUGGUAAAGUACGUACGACCGAACAAAUUGAAGGUAUAGAAUUAUUAGAAGAGUACAAGAAGCAACAAAUGCAAGAAGGAACGGUUGAAAAUGAGGAAGAUGAGUGGGUAGGAUGGGAAGUGGCUUCAAAUUCAUCAUCAAACAAUGGAGACUGGAUUGAUGUUUCAGAUGAUGAAAAUAAAGAUAAUAUAGAUGAUAAAGAUGAUGAAAAUAAAGAUAAUAUAGAUGAUAAAGAUGAUGAUGAUGAAAAUGAAAGUGUUAUAGAUGAUAAAAAUGAUGAUGAUGAAAUCGAAAGUGAUAUAGAUGAUGAAGUCGAAAGUGAUAUAAAUGAUAAAAACGAAGAUGAUAAUGACGACGAUGGAAAUGAAGUUGAUAAAGAUGAAGAUAAGGAACGUGAGAAUGAAGGAAAAAACGAAGAUAAAGGAUAUGAAGGGGAAACUACUAAAGAUAUAAAGAUUUCAAGUUUGGCAACGACGCGACUCCUGACGCCAGCAGAUUUUUUUAAACUGAACGAGCUCAAAAUGAAACAUAAAGUUAAACAAUUAAUGGAGGGAGGUAAACGCAAAAGUGAUGCAAUACAGCAUAAUGAACCUUCGGAUAUAGUUGAUGUCAAUUUUAUUACCGGACCACGAAAAAAAGCCAAACAAGAUUAUGAGGAACGUAUAGAAUCUAUAAAGGCUGGACGAGAAGGACGAGAAAAAUUCGGAGGACACAAAAAAGGGAAAAAAACUGAAGGCACUAGUACCACAAAUAAAGAAAAAGCAAGACAUAAAGCUUUUAUGAUGGUAAUUCAUAAGAAAAAUGCGAUCACUAAAAAACGAAUGAGUUUAAGAGAUAGACAGAUACAAUUGACAAAGCGUGGUAACUUUAAAAAGAAGAAAAAAUAA